CUCAUGUGGUCGCGAGGCAUGACGGCGAUUCGAAGUUGUUGGCGAGGCGCAGACCCGUGGAACGUUUGUGGAUGGAAGACUUGUGGCGUGCAUUCGAAUAUUUGUUGAGCAAGUGCGGUCGAUGAUUGCGAUAGCAUGUCGGGCGAUGGAGGCUCGGGCGGCAGUCGUCGAUCUUGUGGUUGUCGCGACGGUUGGCAUUCGUUUUUGAACCAUGGCGACCCCACAAUCGAAUGUGAAAUCGAACAAGUCCAACAAAAAGCACUUGCUCUGGUCAAGGAGGCCGCCAUUCACGAAAACACCUUGUUCCAUGAAAGCGUUCGGUUGGCUUGCAGUGGGUCUGUCGGUGGCGGCGUCGGCGCCGUCGCCCAUUUCCAUCGGUCAACACGAUCGCGUCGUCAUUGUGGGCGGCGGGCCAGCGGGGGUCCACUACGCAUCCCUCUUGGUCAAGAAAGGGCUGAAAAAGGUUAUCGUCCUCGAAGCGCUCGAUCGCGUGGGCGGCAAAUCCCGAACCGAAAUCGACAAAGACGGCAUUCCACACGAGAUGGGCACGUGUUACGCCAACGGGAUCUACGGCCCCAUCUUCGACUUGAUCAACCAGUACGACCCGACCAACGAAAAGUUUGUGUGGCCCGUCAACGAGCCAGGAUACGUCAAGAUCAUGGGCGAAAGCAUCGGGGCGACCGACACGGACCCAUUGUCCAACUUGGAUUACCCCCACUACAACAUUCGGUCGAUCGCCCUGAACGCGCCGCCCGAGCUCCAACGGAGUGCUAACGUCACCCAGCUGCAAGACCUCGUGCGACUCCAAAUUGGCCGAUACAUUGGCCUCCACAACGCCAUCUUUGGCAAGUACCCGUAUGGGCUGCCGCCGCCCCCCAAGGACUGGAGUGUCAUCGACAUGACCGCGAUGGAGUUCUUGCGCCGUAACAACCUGAUGGCGCUGGAAGGCACGCUUCGGUUUUCCCUGCAGCAGCAAGGGUACGGUGUCCUCGAGACCAUUCCGGCCUUUUACAUGCUCUGGUGGAUGCACCCCGACCAAUUUGUCAAAAAGACCAACGUGUUCUCGUUUCGAAAGGGCUAUCAGAGUCUGUGGACGUCGCUUCAUGCCGCGCACGAACACGACUUCAAGACGAUCUUCCUCGCCAAAGCUGUCGCAGUGAACCGAGGCAACGACAGGAAAAAGCCGCGUGUGACGUAUCAGACGCGGUGGGGGGACCUCGGCACGAUUGUAGCCGACCACGUCGUCAUGGCCGUGGAUCUGAGCGUCAACUCUGAACUGGUGGAAGACCUGUCCGCCGACGAGAAGCAGCUCUUCCAGACCGGGGACUACACGGCGUCCACUUUCUUGACCACGCUGAUCGAGGCCGACCCGUCCCCCGUUGAAACGGCCAGCGUGGGGUGGUUUGCCCGCAUGCAACAAAAUGGCCGUGUAUCGGCUGUGCGCAACUCAAGGCUGUCGUACCUGUUCACCAACUCGACCAACUGGGGCGACUUGAUCAAAGGGCGCCAGGCCAACCUGGCGUACCAGUAUUACGACCACCCCUUGGCCGAGGUCAAUCCUGCCGAUGCGCAGGCGCAACGGGACAUCGACCUCGAGUGGGCUGGCAUUCACAAUGUCGAAGUGACGACCCAGUUCCACACGAAUUACUUUCCUCGGUUCACCCAAGCAGGGCUCAAGAAGGGGCUGCCGUGGAAAAUCUGGGACAUGCAAGGUCAGCGCAAAACGACUUGGAUCGGCAGCAGCGUUAGCUUUGAGAGCGUACUCGACGUUGUUGUGUACAACAACAACUUGAUUCAGUUUGUGAACGUCACUGUUUAACCAAUGCAUGGAGC